GAAAAUAGCAGAGAAAAGAGGAAAUUUAAUAUCCAAUGGACGGAAAAAUAUUUUGUGACCGAGUUAUUUGGCAAUAUAACAUGUCUUAUAUGUAAUGAUAAGAUUAGCGUAUGCAAGGAAUACAAUGUCAGACGUCAUUAUGUUUCGAAACAUGAGUCAGAAUAUCAGACAUUUAAUGAAGAAAGAAGAAAAACGAAAAUUGAAGAAUUGACAAAGGCAAUUAGCUCACAACAAGCUAAUCUUCUUAUAGCUGAGAAAUUAGCUAAGAAAGGAAAACCUCUUAUUGAUGGAGAAUUAAUAAAAGAAUGCAUUGUUAUUGCUUUUAAUGAGUACUGUCCAGACAAGGUGAAUUUAGUAAAGGAAGCAUGUCUAUCACAUCAGACAAUUGGCAGAAGAAUUGAUGACUUGGGUGAUAAUAUUGAAGGCAUACUGAAGGACAAAUUAUCUGCAUGCGUUCUUUACAGUUUAGCGUUGGAUGAAAGUAUUGACCAAAGUGAUACUGCACAAUUAGUUAUUUUCAUUAGAGGAAUUGAUGAAAAUUUCAAUAUUAUUGAAGAAAUGUUGGACUUGUGUCACAUAAAGGGCACAACAAGAGGCAAGGACAUAUAUGAGAUUGUUAAUUUGUCAUUAGAUAAAUUCAAUAUUGAUAGGAAAAACAUUUAUUCAAUUACAACUGAUGGUGCUCCUGCCCUGACUGGUCAACACAAUGGUUUUAUUAGUUUAUUUAAAGAAUCUGUUGAUCAUGAGAUUCUCAGUUACCAUUGCUUGAUACAUCAACAACAAUUAUGUGCUCAAAAGCUAAUAUGAAACA